UCCAUGUCUUGCCAAACAACAUUCACAUGUCUUUGUUUCUAGUGGAAAAGGAUACACUAGUUGCAACUUUUUGGUAGAGGUUGCUUCUCCACUAAAAUUUGCCAAUCAUCAUCAUCCACACGCCAAACUAAUCUUUUACUGUGCUAAUGCUCUGAAAUCAAAGCUAGCUUUUUGCAGCUCCUCAUAAAUAGUUCAUUCGGAAGCUUCCCUCUUAUUUCCAAACCUCCCGCCGUCAUGAAUCCUAUGAUUCUCUUUCUUCUUAUAUCGCUGUUUACACAAUUUUCGCAAGUUGAGCCUGCAAGACCCCAACCCAAAUUGCCGGGGAAGCUGGCGCAUCCCAACCCCGAAAUCACUGUUAUGGGCUUUGUUUAUUGCGAUAUCUGCUCCAACAACAGCUUCUCCAGACACAGCUACUUCUUGCCUGGUGCUGAAGUCAGAAUAGAUUGUGUUUUUAAGGCUCUGUCAGCGAAAACUGAAGAACAGAUAUCAGUUUCUGUGAAUAGAACAACAAAUAAGUAUGGGAUGUACAAGCUGGAAAUACCAUCAGUGGAUGGAGUGAGAUGUGCAGAAGAUUCUGAACUAGUUUCUUCCUGCCAGGCAAAUCUAAUUGGUAGUUCGACCUCUGCAUGCAAUGUUCCUGGACACAGAACCACUUCUGAUGAGAUAGCAAUCAAAGUAAGACGAGCCAAUCUCUGCAUAUACAGUCUAAAUGCUUUGAAUUUCAGACCAACUAAAAGGGACAUCACUUUGUGCGGUAAUUGAAACUGUGGAACAGCUUGCACAAGUAGCCAGAGUACUGGCAUACUUGGUGACUUGUAUGCGCUUUCCAAGAAGCCUAAAACUCAGAUAUGCUGGUCUUUCUUUUCUUUCUUUUCAGCCCAUCAUAAGGGCAUACACUUCUCUCCUCUCCUCUUCUGUCUUGAUUGUUUUCCUGCAUUAGUGUUUACUUGUUUGGCUCUGGAGUUUGUGUGCAAAUUAAAGGGAAGUUGAUUUAGGUCCUUGUUUAAAUGCAUCAGAUGUAUAUAACAUAUCUCUCUCUUUCCCCCUCAUGAAACUGUAAAGAACAAGUAACUUGUAAUAAACUCUGGCUUAUGUUUCUCGGUGGA